GCCAUAUGGAAAAGUACCUCAUGCCCUCGGUUAAAUAUGGUAGGCUCUUUAAUGUUUUGGGGCUGUUUUUCUGCCAGAGGACCUGGACAUUUUGUUAGGAUACAUGGCAUAAUGGAGUCUAUCAAAUAUCAACAGAUAUUAAAUGAAAACCUGACUGCCUCUGCCAGAAAGCUUAAAAUGGGCCGUGGUUGGAUCUUCCAGCAGGAUAAUGAUCCAAAACAUUCAUGAAAAUCAGCACAAAAAUGUGUUGACCACAUCAAAAUCAAGAACAUCAAAAUCAACACAAAAAUGUGUUGAAAUGUGUUGACUGACCCCAAAAUCAAGGUCUGCCUGCCAUGGCCAUCCCAGUCCCCUGACUUGAAACCCCUACCCAUACCCACACCUGUGGAAUGAACUUAAGAGGAGAGUCCCCCAGCAUGGACCUCGAAAUUUGAAGGAUCUGGAUAGAUUCUGUGUGGAGGAAUGGUCUCGGGUCCCUUGCCCAUCUCCAACCUCAUCAGGCAUUAUAGGAGAAUACUCAGAGCUGUUAUCUUGACAAAGGGAAGUAGCACAAAGUAUUGAUUAAAAGGGUGCCAAUAAUUGUUGCACACCUAUAUUUAACAAAAACUUUUUAUAAACCUGUGUUUUGUUUGCAAUUGUUUGAUAUCCAUGAGAGAAGAGUAUUUUUGUGAAUUCUUCGAACAAAAGAUCAAAAGAUGAAACAAUUAAAACAAUUUUUCAGAGCCGUCUUUGCUCAUAUUUACCAAGGGUGCCAAUAGUACUUUGAGUGUCUAGAAAAGCACUAUAUAAAUGUAACUGUAACUAACUAAAUAUUAGUGGAGGGCACUGUAUAUAAGGAAUAUUUAUGCUUACCCAUAGCUAACUAAUACUAAUGUCUCUAGUACUAGUGUUAACAACUAUGAUAAUCUCUGCAUGUUGUGCAUUGACUAGCACAGGUCCUAUAAAUAGCACAGGCCUAUUACUUGGACAUAGACUAUAUGGCAUGCCCAAAAGUUUGUGGACAUGUGGCAAUAACACUCAUGUGUAAUAGUUGAACAUCCAUACAUACAUACAUACAUUUUCUGUACUUCAUAUCCUUACUGGGUCACGGGGAACCUGGAGCCUAUCCCAGGGAGCAUGGGGCACAAAAAGGGGGACACCCUGGAUAGGGCCCCAAUCCAUUUCAGGGCACAAUCACACACCCAUUCAUACACUAUGGACACUUUUGGACAUGCCAAUCAGCAUACAAUGCAUGUCUUUGGAGCACAGUGAGAGCAUGCAAGCUGAGCACACACAGGGCCGCAGCAGGAGUCGAACCCUUGACCAUGGAGGUGUGAGGCAAACAUCCUAACCACUAACCCCUACUUGUUGAACAUCCCAUUCCAAAUUUAGUCCCCGUUUGCUGUUAUAAUAACCUCCACUCUUCUGGGAAGGCUUUCCACUAAAGUGUGGAGUGUGGUUGUGGGGAUUUGCCUGAAAUGCAUUAGUGAGGUCAGGUACUGGUGUAAGGCGAUGAGGCCUGGGGUGCAGUUGGUGUUCCAGUUCAUCCCAAAGUUGUUCAGAGGGGUUGAGGUCUACUGCCACAUGAUUGGCUGACUAGAUAACCGCAUAAAUGUGCAAGAGUACAGGUGUUCCUAAUACAGUGGACAGUGACUGAGUGGAUAAAAAUAGGGUGUCUGUGACUUUCACACAGUACUUUUAAGCACACAUCACAUUCUUUUUCUAAAUUUCUCUUCAUUUUUUCAUGGGAUAAGUGAAUCAGGCCAGAUUGUCUCGCUCACCUGCUGGUUGUGAGCAGGUGAAGAGUCCCUGACCUACCCUCAGAUAAUGACAAUAAGGCAAAGUUUACAAGGGGGACAAAAACAAUCCUGACCUGUUUUUGUUGAAGGCCUACACAUCAACCCCUGAAAGCUGUACCUGUUUAAACGUGUUCUAUACUGUAUGCUAGCCAUUAUAUAAUCUAGACUAAGUCAAUCUGGGCCCAAAUGGACACUCUUAGUGUCUUUUCACCACUGAGGUAAUGAAUGUUCUCUGUGUAAUGAACGCCUGUUGGCAUAUAAAGCCCCUGAUUAUCUGUGUGUAGUCUAAUACGCGUGUCGCUGAUUCAUUAUUAAAGUUUGGUUUAGAGUUACGAAGCCGGUUGCCAUGGUUACGUUACACCGCAACACCGUGAGGUAACAUGGGAGUUGUUUUGCCUUUUUAAUCCGUGCGUGAAUUUACUACCAUUCAAGGACAGGUAUGUUAAUUAUAUCCCAAUUUAUCACUCAUUCAAUGUAAAUCGUGUUACAGACUUGAGUAUUUCCAUGUAGGCUAUGAAGUUAAUCCAGACAAGGGAUGGACGCGGAUUGCGAGCAUCUAUUGGAUUAUUAUUAUUAUUAUUAUAAUUUGAUGACCUGGUGGUCGGUGUGUUUGCUGUGAUGUUCAAGAAAAUCAACGCGGUUUUCCGGCCGAGCCGCGACCCCAGCGCGCGGGAGGACUACCACAGCGCGUGCACGGUGAAGCUCGUGCGCAGCGCCUCCAUGCUCGCAGUGGGAGAGAGGAAUCGCGCGCACAGGGACUCGACGCUGAAGCGAAGCGCGAGCGCGAUCAGUGUUCAGUCCAGCACCGCGCUCUACUAUUACCACAGCCGCGAGGAGCGCGUGUGGUUCUACUCCCAAAACCAGGAAUGUCUGGAGUACCUGCAGGAGCUGGUCGCGCUCAGGCGACGUUACACCAAGAGCGUCAGUGACCUGAAACAAGGAGAACGGCGAGCGCAAACUUCGAGCAAGAAGAAGCCCGCACCCCAACCUCCACAGCAUAUAAAUCCUCAACCAUCUGCCCCACCAAUCCCCAGCGAAGAGGACACACUGCAGUUUUUUGAUGCUGUUAUUGCCAGCUGUGACUCAGAGCGCACAAGAAAACCACAUGUGGAUGAUGGCCACGCAGAUGUAGACUUUAUUGUGGCGACCAGUACAAGUCAGCACGACCUCCAUUCUAACUGGGUGCUGCGAGACCCACGGCGGAUAGCCACAGACGAGUCUCGGCUGAAGAGGGCAGAGCUGGGGUCAGAUGAAAGUGCUUGGAGGAAGGCAGCAGGUGGGACCACAAGCAGUUUGAGACAGCUGCAGAGAAACCCCAUUCACCUACCCAAAGUGGUGGAGAGUGCCUUGCAGAGCCUGCGCUUCAAGCCCAAGCUUAAGAAGAAAGAUUAGCAUGUGGCAUUAAAUGCAAAUGACUGAUAAGCAUCCCAGUUGGUUCAUGAUGACAUACCUUUGUAAUGGAUAAGCCAUUCAGAUUUCAGUUCUAUUUCAGUCAAAAUAGUUCUGUAGUGGAAUGCAACACAGGUAUGCUAACUCUGCGACAGCUUGUCAAGUGAUUCAUCUUGACAGUUGGUCAGUAUAAGAAUUACAUGUAGUGACAUUGAUGACCCUCACCAGGAAGCAGACUAAAAUGAAUGAAUGAAUGAAUGAAUGAAUGAAUGAAUGGAUUGAUGGAUAUAGUAAAAUCAGUGGCACUAUCCAAACAUGGAAAAAAAAAAUAAUGUCCUGGCUGGGGAGGCUAGAAUAACUAAGCAUACAAACAUACAAUUUGAGGAACAGCCUUCGAUGGUGUCCAGAGCUGCUGAGAGUGAUCAGAGUUGUGUGUUGUGAAAAAUGGAUGUGAGUGUGGUGAUGUAAUAUUGGGGUAGUGAAGCUGCCUCACUGACCAGCUUCAUCAAUAAUCCACAGCAGAUCAGAGUCUCUGUUUCAGGAGUUUUCAACAGCAGCAGGGCAAUUGACUAUAGACGGAAAAAAAAAAAAAAACUCUGUUCAAAGAGUCACCCAGCCCGAGUAAUAAGACUCUCUCCUACUCAACAAACCUCAAUUAGAGAUUUGUCUAUGGGAGAUCAGAUUAAAUCAGUCGGCUGCUCAGGCACUGGUGUAUGUUGUACAUAAUCCUUCAGGCCAUUUCUAAACUGCUUUGUGGCUGGAUAUGAAACCUGAAUGUCUAGCCUUCUUAUAACCUCCUCUGAUUGGAUGAACCUGUGUUAGUCUGGACACUUAACAAGUUAAAAGAGAUAUUUGGAGAAUUUUUUUUUAAUUAAAUUAUAAAAUACAGUGUAAAUGAAAUAUGCUUCAGGUUUUAAAGUGCCUUUGUUGUAUUCUAGGGCUGUUUUUAUAAGUAUAGAAGAAGCCUCAUCUUCUGCUAAAACAUGUUUAAACAAAUAGUUAUUAUUUAUUCCAAUGUAAAUUGUGCCCAAAAAAACCUUUUUUUAUUUAGAAAUUAAAUGUAUACAAUUGGUUUCCUGGUGCGAGAUAAACUCAAUUUUUUUUUUUUUUUUUUUUUUUUUUAAAUAAAAGUCAAUAUGAGGAACAUGCACUUUCUUUUUCUCAGGAAAGAGGAAACAAAACAAACAGAUGUUUUUACUUUGCAAAGCCAGACCCUGAAACCUUAAAAGACGCACAUGG